GACAAAAGUAUUGGCAUCCAAAUAUACUUUACAUACAAUUCAUAUGUAGAUUCAUUUAUCAAAGUGAUUUCAAUAUAAAAACUGUAUUAACAGUUGUAGAAAGACAAACAGAUACAUAUUAAAUUUCUCCUCUCAAAAUAAAAUGUAUUUUCUAAAACAAAUGUUUUCAAAUAGACAGUUAUUCACGGAUUCUGCAUUUUCACAACACUUUCCCUUUAGUAAGUUCAAAGGUGGAGAGUUACCUGCAUGUUUUAUAUGUAGUAUAGUCUGUUUGCAAACACAUUUUUGGAGUAAAUAUCACCCUAAAUCUUUUGUAAUAUGAAGGCAUAAAAUAAAAUGUUAGGCCCGUCUUUUUAUCUUCUCUGUUUCUUUUUAGUUUUGUUUCCUCAUAAUUCAACAUUAUAUGGACUAUUUUCCUUUUUUCUACAAAGACCUCCAGUCAUUGAGUUUAAUGGUAAUUCUAUUGUAUCACUCCUUGUGUUGCUGUGGCUUGUGGUUCUGGCCCGUGCUACACACUCUUCACUAUAAUAUACACGUUAAAAGAAAUGAAUAACACUGACAUCAUUAUAUCGUGAUCAACUUUCUGUCUACAGCCAAAUGUUCUGCUGCCGAGUCUGAAGAGAUAGACAUCUGUCUCUGAUGACUCUUGUCUUUGUUGCGACACUCUGAUUAAAACAGUGAUUACAGGCCCAUACAUUCAUGACGAUGACUCCAUUUUCUGUUCUCUAAUUAGGAGGUUAAUUCAGUCUUGCUCUGGUUCCUCCUGACGGGCUCAUCUCUCUAUGAAGGGCACAGAGGAGAUGGAAUAAGAAUAACGUGUGGAGUACGUGUGUUACUAUCUACUGCCUACACACACACACACACAUACUCACACAUCCCACUUACACUCUUUGUGUUAUAAUGUAAUGAUUUUUUAUAAUGCAGCUCAUCAGUAUGCUGGAGGAAACAGAGGUCUGUCUCUGCGGUUCAAGCAGUCUGGAUCAUGUCAUACCUUACUCUCCACCCACACUCAAGGACAUUACAUUAGCAUUGACUGUCCUCUUCCACACACAGUUUUAACAGCAGAGAAGAACAGAGAGGGACUUCAUUUCAAACUCUGCUCACGCUCCCCCUAAUAAUACUGAUAUUUGUCAUUUAUUAUGAUUCCAGCAUGGUUGGAGACACUUUCUUAUCAUUCUUCAUUCAGCCAAGGUUAUAAAAUGAUGAAACUACAAUUCCCAGAAUGCCACAGAGGCUUUUUAGUCCAACUACUGCACUGCACUAGGUUGACAACUGUACUUUUACUGUACCCUACUUGAGUAUUUGUUACUUUAUACUUCUACUACACUACAUUUCAGAAGGAAAUGUAUAUUUAAUUUCACUACUGUUUAUGGUGAAAGAAAUAUUCAAUAAUAUGCAAGUAAAAGUAGCAAUACUGCACUGUAAAAACACUCCAUUACAAGUCAGUGCUGCAUUGAAAAUGUUACUAAAGGCUAAUAAGAACAAGAACAUCUGUCUAUUAUGAUUCCAGCAUGUUUGGAUACAUCUUAUUGCUGCUUCCAAGUCAUUUUUCAUUCAGUAAAUAUUAUAAAAUGGUCGAACUACAAUUCCCAGAAUGCCAUAUGGGCUUUUUAGUCCAACUACUGCACUGCCCUGGGUUGACCAUGUGUUGUGUGACUGCCACCGGACGGCUGUCGGUAGAAAGUGCAGGAGAACUUGCUCGGUGAGACACACACACACACACACACAUACAAACACACACAGCCAUGCAGGCAGCUCAAUCCGGACCAGCAGCGAUGGCAGCAGCAGCAGAAAUGUGAAGAUGGAUUAGAAAAUUAUGUGCCUCGGCUGCCAUCAUCAACAUGUUCCCGGGAGUUUUCUAUGCACUGCUGGCGGGUUUCCUCGGGGCCGUGGCGUCGUCGUCGGCCAAGCUGUCCCUCGGAGCCGACUACCUGAAGGGAGUCUGUGAAACCGGACUCCGGACGUGGGGAGAGCAGCGGAAAUUCAGACAAGCGGACGAAACUACCACCUGUGACCGGCUCCAUAUCCCUCUGAGGCUGCUGUGUGGCGGACUCCUUUUCACCUGCAACGCUGUGAUGUGGACCUUCCUCGCCAAAGCACUCAGGUACUCCUCUUCCUCCACCCGAACCACUGUGACCACCACCGCCUCCAACUUCAUAUCUUCCGCUUUCCUAGGCCAGCUGAUCUUUGGUGAAGCCCAGAUAACAUUGUGGUGGGUUGGGAUUUCUCUGACCUUCUCUGGUCUGUUGGUACUGCAGAGGGUUUCGCCACAGGAUGGACAACACAGUGCAGUCGCCAAGAAGGAUGAAUAAUAUGGCUGGUCUCCACUAGUUCAGCUCAGCCUGGCUCCAGCUGGCUGUGGUAUGUUGUGUGCUUUGGUUGGCAACUCCUCUGAUUUUAACAUCGAGCCAAAGUGUAAUGAAAUCUGAAAACAGCAGUUGUGUUUAGCAUAUUUUGUUCUUUAACUCAAAAACGUGUACUUAACAUGUGCUCAUUGUAACAAUUACUUACUGCUAUACAGUGAAAGAGCAAGAAGAAAUCUGUUGUUAACCUUCCAAUCGUGUGUUUUCGUAAACAGUUUAACUAAAUACCACUUAAAUUGUGCCCUUAUUUUGAAUUACUGACUUUUUAUCCUUCAGUUUUUGGCCGUGCAGGCUGUGAAACCCUGCUGGUUCUGAAAUCAGAGGAGACGCUGGCUCUCAGCCAGUCUGGCUGUGGUGCUGCCCAGUUGGACUGGUGGAGACAAGCUAAUGGAAGCCUGCGUCCAGUUUCUCCAGAAGCUGUAAAAUCAUCUCUAUCCACAGGCUUACAACGAAGCAAAAACAAUACUAGCUUUACGUUACUUUUUGAAAACCAUUUUAAAACCAUGGUGAGCUAUAACAGGGCAAAUGUGACGGAAGUGAGGAGACUAAAAGAAGUAGUUUGACAUUUUCUGAAAUGUGCUUAUUUAACUUCCUGCCUGGAGUUAGAUGAGAAAACUGAUGCCACUUUCAAGUCUGAAUGCUGAAUAUGAGAGAGGGUUAUCUUAAGGUGCUUUUCCAACAAAAGUUCCAGGAAAAUGUCCAGGAACUUUACCUAGGCAGUAAAAGUUCUGUGUCAUUUUCACUGUAAAAUGCUUUUUCUGUGUGUCAAGUAAACAUCACACAGAAAACCUGGGAAAGGUCGUAUUAAUCCAUCAUGGCAGAAAGGCUGUAAGGCUGUAACCAACAGUUGUUUUCAUGAUCGAUACGUCUGACAGUUUCUUAAAUAAUCAAUUGAUUGUUCACUGUGUUGAAUGUCAGAAAAUAGUGAAAAACGACAUUAACAUAUUGAAAUGUCUUGUUUCGUUCAACCAUUAGUCAAAAAGCACCUUCAGUUAACCCUUUCUUGGCUGUAGUUUGACAUUUGUUGACAGGAGACUGGUACUGAUCUUCUCAUCUGACUCUCGGCAAGAAAGCUAAGUGUAUGUCAAGUGUCAAACUAUUCUUAUAAAGGGAGAGGAAAAUAACACACAGCCUGAAUAUAAUUUUAAGGACCUGUGUGUUCACGAGUUAUGGAUAAACAGCAUUGUUUAACGUGUACAAGAUGUUACCAUCUAUCAGCCUGUGUGUUGUGUAUUGCAGCCGUGAGACCACCAAAGCUUUCUUAAUUCUCACAUUUCCUUAAGUCACUAUGACACUCACUGUAAACAUCUUACACUGACUUUCCAUUUUAUGCAUGCUCAAGGCAACGUGAUAAACGAAGCUAACGAGGUGUACUUUCACAAGUAAUAAUCCUGCUGAUGUAGCACUGAAAGGCUUAUCCCUGGUGUGAUUUUGCCCUCUGCCAGGGUCUUUCUUUUACUUUUUCUUUGCCUUUCCUGACAGCUUGAACCUUAACCUCAAGAUACGAGCAUGACACAUGUUUCGAUUCAGAGGCAGCUGGUCUUCCAUUUCAUGACAGACGUGUGCAUGUUCCUACCGAGGCCUGAACUCAGAUAAAUCACACCAAAGCAUCCUGGAGCGUCAUUUCACUCGACUUGAGUGACGUCUCCGUGAGCUGCUUCAUUUUAUUAAACUUGUGACUUAGGCGUCCGAACUGUCUCUCCAGGUUCAGAGACAUCACACGGCCUUUUUGAUUGCCUGUUGAGCUUUAUGUGCCCUGCGUUUGCAAUCUCAUAUUAUUCUGUUGCACGUCACGAAUAUCACUCCAUCACCCGUCAUCUCUCUGGGUUUAAUAGACACCUGGUUCCAUUAAAAACUUCCCUCUGCAUCCCUGGAGUUGUCAGCGAGAAUGCAAUAACAUUAUACGUCCUUUAAAUCUCAUGACACUGUGAUGUGUGCGACAGCGAGGGAGCUUUGAGCAUUAAUAAUUGAGCAUAGAAAAUGGCAAUACAUGCUACUAGAGGGAUGUUUCUGUUAGCAUAAAUCAGCUGAAUAAGUAACGGUAGUACACAGGCCUGAACGUGACGUCAAAGGCUCCUUCACUGAAUGGUGUUUUAAAAUCACACUUUGCUGUUGUUUGGAUACAUAUCAUAAUCUAAAUGCAUAACGGUAGCUACGAUACCCGUCUGUAACAUCCCACAGCAGCAACGCACAAAUAUAUCAGAUGUCCUUCCAACUGCUGCUGUGCAGGAUUUGUAUCAUGUGAUUUACACGCAUCCCUAUUAAUGUGACUGCAGAGACAAUGUGACUGCGCAGCGCUCAUAUUAAAGGCCGGCUAAGUGACGUUUCAUAGCAGGGCCGUACUCACCAUGCAGGAUUUUUUUCAGCAGUGGAGAUCACUCACAGCCACACACGACAAGCGACUUCAGUUGUUUGUGCCUCCACGUUUUGGGAUCCUGAGUGUGUUGUGUUACUUAAAGGAGUACUUGGACAAUUGGGGGGGGAAAGAACACUUACUCGCUUUCUUGCCAAAUGUCAGAUAAAAAGAUCGACAGCACUCCCAUGUCUGUCCGAUUGAUGUGAAAGCUAGCAGCCAGUUAGCUUAGCUUAGCAUCAAGACGGGAAAGAGGGGGAAGCACCGGGCCUGCCUCUGUCCGAAGGUGACACGAUCCACCUCUAAAGCCCAUUAACACAUUAUAUCUCUUGUUUAAACAGUACCAAAAUGAAAGUGUAAACAAUUUCUGGUUUAUGUGCCAGAGUAUUUCUUGGAGCAGUGACUUCCAGCAGAUUAACAACUGCGUUAAUCAGUGAGCUUAAGAGGUGUUUGGAUUUUGUUGUUCCCUCUGGACAGAGUCAGGUAAGCUGUUUCAAGCCCUUUAGACUAAGCUAACUGACUUCUGGCUCCAGCUACAUAUUUACAUUACAAACAUCAGAGUGGUAUUAAGCUUCUCGUCUAAUUACUGGCAAGGAAGAUAAGAAUAUUCCCCCCAAAUGUCAAACUAUUCUUUUGACGUACCUUUAAUAUAUGUAACCUUUGCUUUUAUUCUGAAAAUAUCUCGGUGCCUGGCGUUUCUCCAGUUAACGGCAUGAUAUGAGGGUAAACCACCUACCUGUGAACCCACUCUCACUGUAAUAUAACCAAUCAGAGCUUUGCAGUAGCCACAUUUCUAGCUCUGUGACAGUGGCAUGGCCCUGAGUGUGAUGUAUUUAUAUCCAUGUGCACAUAAACUGUAGAUGUGGUUGUACAGAGAGAUUAGAAAAAUACUGAAAUAUUACCCUGACCUGACAAGGUGUGUGUCACGUUGAUGAGUGAGCGUGGUGCACUGAAGGAAGUAACAGUGAGUUUAUCAGUAAUCAUUGAAUCAACAAAGAUUUUAGCAAUCUGAAGGUGUUCUGUUGACACCAGAGCUUCUUAGAGGGGAUGAAGCUUGUUCAAGCUUAAUCUUUGAAAUAUUAAGUACGGGAAGCUCCAGAAUAAUGGGAAAGAGACUGAUUUUGUUUUUAGUUUAUUGGCACUCUUUAACCUUAGGUCCAUGCAGAUCAGUCCUCAUUUUUAAUCUGGAGGCUGCAGCACUGACAAAUUUAACAUUAAGUUCAAUUUAUAACACAAAUCAAGACGGUGUGAUAAGAGGUAUAAACCAUAAUGUGUUUUACAGAGUAUGUGAGACAAUUGUUUGUAAAAGUGUAAAUAUAUUCUGUUAAUAGAAAACACUUAAAAUGGUGUGUAAAUUGUCAUCUCCACUGAGAGAGGAAACACUUAAAUUAUUAAAUAAACAUCUCAGCUGACAAUAA